CAGGGCAGGGCAGCAGGGCAGGGCAGGACAGGCAGCUUGUGGGGCAAUGGAUCUGCAGAGGAACGAGCCUUCAGCCCCGACCCUCUCUCCAGCCAUCCCUCCCUUUGUGAAGUUGGGGCUGACCAUCGCCUACACCGUCGCCUACUCGUUGCUUUUCCUCUUUGUGUACGUGCAGCUGUGGCUCAUCCUCCACUACAGACACAAGCGGUUCAGCUACCAGGCCGUGUUCCUCUUCUUCUGCCUACUCUGGGCUGCCCUCAGGACUAUUCUCUUCUCCUUCUACUUCAAGGACUUUGUCACAGCCAACUCGCUGGCACCCUUCACCUUCUGGCUGCUCUACUGCUUCCCAGUCUGUCUCCAGUUCUUCACCUUAAGCUUGAUGAACCUGUACUUUGCCAAGGUUAUUUUCAAAGCCAAAUCCAAGUACUAUCCAGAGCUUCAAAAAUACAGGUUGCCUCUUCACCUAGGAUUCCUGCUGGUCAGUCUCCUGUUUCUUGUGGUGAACCUGACUUGUGCUUUGCUCGUGAAAAUUACACACGCUGAAACUAAAACCAUCGUGCUCGUGCGUGUGGCCAUCAAUGACAGCCUCUUUGUGCUGUGUGCAAUCUCACUGUCAUUCUGCCUCUGGAAGAUUGCAAAAAUGUCUCUAGCGAAUAUAUACUUGGAAUCCAAGGGCACGUCCGUCUGUCAGAUUACAGCGGUGGGAGUGGUCAUCAUAUUACUGUACACGUCGAGAGCUUGCUACAACCUGGUUGCUAUUUCGCUCACCUCUUAUAACCACAUCAACACAUUCGAUUAUGACUGGUACAACGUGUCUGAUCAGGCAGAUCUGCAGACUCAGUUGGGGGACAAAGGUUACCUAGUGUUCGGGGUGAUUCUCUUCAUAUGGGAGCUGCUGCCCACCACUCUGGUCGUGCUGUUCUUCCGGGUGAGGAGACCGGUUCAAAGCCUGACAGGGAAUGGAAUAAGCUCCAUCAAUACUCCCAGAGGUUUUUUCUUUGAUAAUCCUCGGCGUUAUGACAGUGAGGAUGACCUAACAUGGAAUGUUACAGCUCAAAUUGCACACAGCCCUUCAAGCAACUCCCAAAUUUCUGAUUCCGAUGGAUUUCAGAACCAGAACAACAUCUAUGCAGAAUUUGUUUCCUUUGCUUCAGACUCCCACAUGGCAGUGGACGCGGAAAUUCACCAGUACAACUCUUCUCCUUCACUCCUAAUUUAAACAGGGAGCAAUCAUUCAACAAGACAAUUACUCACACUUCCAUACGUUGGUAACUCGAGGAAAAGCACCUUCAACAAGGACUGCUGGCAGCUUUGGGAAUUACUUCAGAAUUGGAUCUUGGUGUUAAGUACUGUGAAGGUUGUAUCGAAAACCCUUGUUGCUAACUAUAUAGGUUUUAUCCAGAUUACCCACUUAUUGUAAAAGUCAGACUGAAGACCCUAGGUUUAAUUGCCUUGCCUACUCUGAUCUCCACUAGGAUGGAGAUAGGUGAAUCUAACCAGGUUUUGUGGGGAGGGGAGAAAUCAGCCAGUAAUCUUGCUCCUGAUCCUGAUACAAUGCUCCCUGCUGGAAGGUGCGCAUGUGUUUGGCGAUGGAUGCUUUCUUGUCUCUUACUUUGGUGCCAGUACGUUCCUAUCACAGCUGGAGAAAGUCUGCACAGACCAGCAGAACGAAAAUUCACAUUUCUGCAGUGGUGGUAUUUAUAGUUGAGUCAAACUGUGCAGUGCAUUAAAGGGGUUGUUUAAACCAUCCUAUUUUUGCUCUAAUGCAGUAGCAUAUAGCCUCUUGGUUUACAUGGAGGGAUUCCCAUCUACAGCCAAGUGAACAUACAUCAGUGACUUUUUUUUUUCCAAAGGGAUAAAAAAAACUGGUAAUGAUGGAAUAAAACCAGAAAACACUGGAAAUCCACACAGAAGGAUAUGAAAGAGGAGAAUUAAUAUUUCAACAGAUGAUGGGUCAUAUCUGGAAUAUAAUCCUAUCAGAUCCUUUAUCUCUUUUCUAUUCAGGUCCUUUUGGUGUGUGUUUCAAAGCACAUAUACUGUUUGUGCUGAAGCACUGAACUGAGCAUUUAAAGCUGUUUGCGAAACAUUAAUGCUGCAGGGCUGUUACACAAACGAUGGGUGAUUAUGGUUGAUAACAGAUGGACCUGCCGUGUUGCAGCUUCUCUGGCCUCCCUCCUUCUUGGCAUUUUUAAUGAUACUUACUUUGUAUCAUGCUUCUCUGUUCACUGUGCUAAACUGCUGUUGAAAAAGUGGAUUUUUUUUAAAAAAAGUGUAUAUAUGUCAGAAAAGCAGCAGAGUAAAUUGGUCCAAGUAUCUAAUACAGAAGAGAGCAGGAUGACCCAGUUUCAUGGGUGUAAGAGCCAAGCAGAUUUGGUGGCAGACUGUAUUUGGAAAUUGCAGGCCAACAUUCAUACUGACAAAAGUACCAGCUUUAGAUCCACUCAGGAUAAAUGAUACCCACCAAAAUGGUGGGGUUUAUUUUUUUCUAAAUUAGUUACAUUGGAGGCUCAGCCCAUAUUCAUUACUUAAGUAUAAGGUGUAAUUAGACAAUUAUUUCAUCUUUUAAAAUAUGCUUUAUCUUUAACAAUAAAUCAUCUGCUGAAGAAUCUUUUAUUCAGGCCACUUGUUAAUUUGGUUUUCUUGUAAGCUUUCAGGAACUCAAGAAACCUCGCUUACCACAGUUAUAUGUUUUUACACAAAUCAGUCUCCUAGAAACCCAAUACUGUACACAACAGCUUCUUGUUGAGGAAAAGGAAGAAAUUGUUCCAACACAUUACUGCUCUGUCAAUGAAAUCUGAAACCUGUCUUCCUCUGCACCUGGUUUGUUUCACCGUAACCUCCCUUAAGCUUUGUUGUGUAUAUCUGUGUAAGCUCCUAUUCAGUCAUCGUACAGCAAAAGCAUCCACACCUUCAAUCACCUUUUUAAUGGAUUUUGAACUUAAAGAAACCAUUUUCUCUCACCUGGGGAUGGGAUGACUCGUCUGGAGUAAUUUCACAAGUGACAAUAGUCCUCGGAUACCACACAUGGCAGCCUGGUAUUCAACCACCAAAGACAUUAGAGUUGAGCCAGAUACUGUCCUCAUCAACAUCA